UAAACAUCAGUUCAUCUGAGCUCAUUUGAGUAGAGUCAAUCCAUUAAAGCACAUAAAUAUUAUACUAAUAAAACCGAUAUAUGUCCCAUGAGAAGACUGUUGAUAUUAAUGUGAAAUAAACAACUGUGAAAGGUCCCCAAAGCAUCAACGAAGACAGAAAAAACACGUGUGAUAAAUGACAUACCCUCCGGGAAUCUCUUGUACGCUCUUAGUUGGUCAUUUUUCUACUUUAAUACAAGAAAUAUGUAAGCUUCUGGGUUUCCCGAUUGAGGAAUGCAAGAACCAGGGACAAAUGGAUCUAUAUGCCUGCUGCAAAUCCAUCGACAGGAUAAUUUGAGCAGAGCGGGAGGGGCUGGGUGCUCUCACACAAAGGGGAAAGCAACAAGAAUCUGCAGCCAGCCUCUCAUAGUUGUUCUGUCCAAAAAAAAAGAAGCCGAAGAAGAGAGAAGAGCUGAAGAAUGAGAGAGAAAACUCAAUCUGAUCUGUUGAAGUGCAAGACAAAUCAACCUGAGGAUCCUGGAGAAACUGCGCUGUAAAUGAGACUGAAAUUAGCUGCAUUUGUCUUAAUAAGCUUUGUUGGAACAGCUUGGUAACGUACAGAUCUUUUUUGCCUGUUUGUAUUUUUAGUUUUUCUUUGCAUGGACUGGCAAUGAUGCAGAAUAUUCAGGCUUAAUGAAUCAUUAGGAUUUUUGCAUUGCUAAUUUGAUGAUGAAUGUGAUCAUCAAACGCAGGAUCACGUUUCUACAUUAAGACCUUAUGCAUGAUGCAUUUUGAAACUUUGCAGCCUGUGUUCAGAGUUUAACAACACUAUGGAGGAUUUGUCUGCAUCCAAUCAGGAGGCAAUAAACAAAGACUCUCUGAUGGAUGAUGCCAAGAGACGCAGCAGCCGGCAAAGACUCAAAAUGACUUUAACCCACAGCGCUAAGGACACUACGACCGCUUUUAUUCUUAGAACAAAAGUCCACGGGCUAAAACACGUAUUCUCACCAUACAAAUCUAAAACCCAACGCUUGUUUUGGCUCCUGGCAAUUUUUGUCUGCUUGGGGCUCCUCUUCACAUGGUCGUGGAAUCGAAUCCUGUAUCUUCUUUCCUACCCGGCUGUGACCAAGAUCUACAUGGUUUGGUCUCACAACAUGACGUUUCCGGCCGUUACGUUCUGCAACCAGAACCUCCUCCGCAUGUCCAGCCUCACCAAAGCUGACCUCUACCACAGCGGCUACUGGAUGGACAUCAUGCACCUGAACCACACGGUCAACCGCCAGAGCGUUUCCAUGCUCAAACUCAGUCGACACCGCGAGAGGAUGCUGAAUCUUCUGGACUUCUCCCACUACAGCCCACCUCCUGACUACCAGCUCAACACCACAGAGAUGAUUGACAGGCUGGGCCACCAAUUAGAAGACAUGCUGCUGGACUGCAGGUUCCGGGGUGAAAACUGCACUUACAAGAACUUCACCCCUAUUUACACAAGAUAUGGGAAAUGUUACACGUUCAACUCUGGUCUGGAUGGAAACCCCUUGUUGACGACUUUAAAAGGCGGAACAGGAAAUGGGCUGGAAAUCAUGCUGGAUAUUCAACAGGAUGAGUACUUACCGGUUUGGGGUGACACAGAUGAAACCUCGUACGAGGCGGGCAUCAAAGUUCAGAUCCACAGCCAGGAUGAGCCGCCCUUCAUAGAUCAGCUGGGAUUUGGUGUGGCCCCUGGUUUUCAAACUUUUGUGUCUUGUCAGCAACAACUGCUCCAGUAUCUUCCUCCGCCGUGGGGCGACUGCAGAUCCGAACCGAUGGACUCUGAAUACUUCUCCACCUACAGCAUCACGGCCUGUCGCAUCGACUGUGAGACCCGCUACCUGCUAGAAAACUGCAACUGCAGAAUGGUGCACAUGCCAGGCACCUCUACCGUCUGCACACCCGAACAGUACAAAGACUGUGCUGAUCCAGCUUUAGAUUUUCUAGUGGAGAAGGACAACGAUUACUGCGUUUGCGAGACGCCGUGCAACAUGACUCGAUACGGUAAAGAGCUGUCCAUGGUGAAAAUACCCAGCAAGGCUUCAGCCAAAUAUCUCGCCAAGAAGUUCAACAAAACUGAACAGUAUAUUGCGGACAACAUACUGGUUCUGGAUAUCUUUUUUGAGGCUCUGAACUAUGAGAAAAUUGAACAAAAGAAAGCAUAUGAAGUGGCUGGAUUACUUGGUGAUAUUGGAGGUCAGAUGGGUCUGUUUAUAGGAGCCAGUGUCUUGACCAUACUGGAGAUAUUUGAUUAUUUGUAUGAGGUUUUUAAGGACAAAGUGCUAGGACAUUUUCUACGCAAGAGACGGCCACAUCGGAGCGCUAGUGACAAUCUGGAUUUCCCCGAGAAUCCCACCAGCCCUGGUGUCACGCCUAACCAUGUCCCCAGCUUUCAAGAUGGAGAUGAUGUUUUGCAGAAGUUCAGAGCACAUGCGACACACUCCGGAGUCACUCGGACAGUCUCGGAUUCGCGCCGAACGUGCUACCUAGUCACCCGGCUGUAGGCAACUUCGAGGAAUUCGCUUGUUGAUGACGCAGGCGACGGGACGGUUUAGGAUACGACGGAAAACUGUGAAAUAUAUAUCGGACAGACUUCAAAAGAAGUGUAAGUCCACGAAAAUGUACAUGUUAAAUAGUUAAAAAACAACAACAAAAAAACACCUGAAUAUCAUCAUCAAGUACAAAUAGGCAACACUUCCAAAACAAAACUCAGGUUUUAUUAAAAUCACAGCCGCUGUUUGUUUGACAUUGUGGAUUUCAUGCCAUUUCUUUUCGGACGAUUUCAAACGUACAAAUACUGUGACGGUAUUUCAUCCGAGAGAGUAUGUUUUCCUCUGUGCUUUUCUGAAUCCUCUACGAACACUGUGGGCCUAAUUUGAUCAAGCCGCCUUAAACGAAUCCGAAAAAGAAAGCAUUUUAAUAUUGCACAAAAAUUGUUAUAGAUACAGGCCAAGGUUUAAAUCUAUUUUGGCACUUUUUUGUACAAUAAUCGUGUGAGCUUUAACCGCGGUUUGACUGAAUUCAGCCCUGCGAUAGUACUCGAAAAUAUGUACUCAUUCCGAAUGUUUGUCUCUGUUCAUAUUUUGUGUAUAUAAGUGCAAUAAUAUGCAUAAUGUGUUAAUGAAAACCGUAUAUAUUACCUUCAAGUCUUAAUUAUUAGCUGUCAGGUAAACAGAAGGAACCAGAUGCUUUCGGUACAACCUGAGUUACCAGCAAUCAUGCCGUUUUAUUUCGACACGCUGAUGGUACUCUGUUUAUUUCGACUUCCAUCCACUAGGCAGUGAUGAGAUGGGAUGUUAUUGAGUACUAUUUAGAUUUAUGAAUGACGCAUUUCAUGUGUAAAGCUUCACUUAUCCAAUCCCACAUGUGAAUCCAUUCAUCAGAUUGUUUCCUCCAGGAGCUAAUUCAUUAUCUUAAGUGGCAAAGACUGUAUGCGAUGUGUUGAUGUGAAAAUCAAAUCAUCAGUCGCUGAAAAGCUCUUGACGAGUUACACGCUCAUAUUAAUUAUAAUGAGCAUUAAAAAUAGAUCACAGUUCCACAUCCACUAGAAAAUAUUGAGUUAUUUUAGAUGAUACAGUUGAGAAGCUUGACACAUUACUCAAACGCUUCGAUUUGAUUCUUUUAUGUUUUGGGGGUCAACCUAGUAGUUACAGGUGUCUUCCUUUUCUUGCAUGAACUGCUCAGAUAUAUGUUCAAAUAUAGCCCAAAAAAUAUCUGGACACUUGGAAGCAAUAGCUCACCCAAAUUGAAAAUUUGCUGUAAUUUCCUCACCCAUCCAAGAUGUAGAAGAGUUGGUUUCUUUAUCAGAACAGAUUUGGAGAAAUGUAGCAUUGCAUCACUUGCUCACCAAUGGAUCCUCUG